AUGAAGGAAGCAGAGGAGCAACUGUGCGAGGCGGCCAGGAACGGUGACACGGAGAAAGUGAGGUCUCUCAUAGACUCCGGCGCUGACGUCACCCACUUCGACGGCGAGGGGCUCAAUCCUCUCAUGCACGCCGCAAAGCACGGCCAUGCAUCCAUCCUCACCAUCAUCCUCUCCGCCGGCGCACCCUGGAACGCCCUCUCUCCCUCCAACCUCUCCGCUGGCGACUACGCCAUGCAAGAAGGCCACAGCGAAGCCUUCGACCUUCUUCUCAACACCGGGAUUCAGGCCGAACUGAUCCUGGGAACAAUUGCGAGGAAGGAAAACAAGAACAACCAUUCGGUUCACGAUUAUUUAGAAGAUAGGGUGAGUUUUAGUGAAGACAAGCUUAUGGACUCUGAAAGUAAAGCUGUGAUGAUGGCGUGGGAGAAGCCGUUGAUGGAGGCUCAUGCCAAAGCUGUUUGUUCGGGAGGGGGACACGUGCUCAAUAUUGGGUUUGGAAUGGGGCUCGUGGAUUCAGCCAUUCAGCAAUAUGCACCUGCAUCACACACCAUCGUUGAGGCUCAUCCGGAGGUGUAUCAGCGCAUGCUUAGCUCCGGUUGGGGUCAGAAAGAAAAUGUGAGGAUAGUUUUUGGCCGCUGGCAAGAUGUUCUGUCUCAGCUUGAAACAUAUGAUGGGAUAUUCUUUGACACCUAUGGGGAGUACUACGAAGAUUUGAGGGAGUUCCACCAGCAUCUCCCAACACUGUUGAAGCCUGGUGGUAUCUACUCAUUCUUCAAUGGCCUUUGUGGCAGUAAUGCGUUUUUUCAUGUUGUUUACUGUCAUUUGGUAUCACUUGAGCUCGAGAAUUUGGGGUAUUCAACGCAAUUAAUUCCAUUACCUGUUAAGGAUUGUUUAGGAGAACAAGUUUGGGAAGGUGUGAAACAAAGAUAUUGGCAGCUCGAUACGUACUACCUUCCUGUCUGUCAGUCUGUAGAAGACCCUCAAUGA